AUGGUUGUACCGCGCGACUUGGCCGGCUAUCCAUGUGCUUUGGAGCACAUGCCAAUUGUGCUUGGCAUCGGGAGCUGUCUGCUCGUUUGUCCGUUCGUUCGUGCUUGUACCGGUUCUUUGACAAACGCCGGAUUGCGUCGUCCUGAUCGGAGGCACUUACAUUACGCUACUAGCAGUAGCCGACACAGCAGGGCACUGGCAAGUCCGACAGUCCCACAGCCGUACGGCUGUGUGUCUGUACGCAACGCUGUUUAUCUGGGCCGAAAACAGCAGUAG